AUGAAGACUGCCUUCCUCCUCCUCACGCUCUCGGCGGCCGCGACGGCCACGUCGCAGCAGCAGUUCAAGGUCUGCAAGACCCACGACGACUGCAACCAAGGCUUCUUCUGCCGCCCCACCGACGACAAGGCGUUCUCCAUGUGCCAGCCCGGUGACCGCCCGGCGUCGGGCCCGACCACCGCCCCCAAGCCAACGGACGCGUCCAAGCCGACGGAGGCGCCCAAGGCGACCGACGCCCCCGCCGUUGGCAAGGGCAAGCAGUUCGACCCCUGCACGAGCAACGAGAGCUGCAGCAAGGGCCUCUUCUGCAAGCAGACCGACAAGCCGCUCGACGGCAAGUACUUCUCCAUGUGCCAGCCCAACGAAGGCUGCGCCAAGAUCUACGGCCAGUGCGGCGGCAAGGGCUUCUCCGGCCCCAGCUGCUGCGGCAACGGCAACGCGUGCAAGGCCCAGAACGAGUGGUACUCGCAGUGCGUGCCGGCCAGCCACGCGAUGGCGUCGGAGGCUUCGUGCACCAACGUGAGCGUCGAGGGCGAUGCCACGUACUGCAUUGAGGGCGCGAUCUGCGGCGGCGCGGGCGACAAGUGCCCGAAGAAGGGCGAUGUGGCCGUUGCCGACUGCAUCAAGACGCUGAAGAGCUACGCGGACGGUGCUAAGUGCGUGGCGCCGGUGGACGCCACUUGCCAGACGAUCAAGACGGGCGCGAAGGGCUGCGUCUUUGGCUCGUCGGAGCCGGCUGGCCCCACGCAGGCUCCGGCGGGCGCCCACGAGCGGCCAGUGCGCUGA